AUGACAACUGAUCCAGAACGUGCCGGAGACAACAGUGACAUGGAUUCUGCCGGGGAAGAACUGCCAGACCUGAGUGUUAUUCGCAGAUCCGAGAUACUUACUCCCUUACACGAGAGUUCUUACACGCAAAAGAUGAAGAAUUACUCGUCAACUGUGAAGCGCAGACUCAAGGCCUUAAAACAACUGCAGUUAAUGACUACAAAUAUUGAAGCUAAGUUCUAUGAAGAAGUACAUGCCCUGGAGUGCACUUAUUACAAAAUGUGUGCACCUUUGUACGAAAAACGGGGAAAUAUCGUUUCCGGUCUCUACGAACCUACGGAUGAGGAAUGUACCUGGGGCAGUGACGAAGAGGAGGAAGCCCUCAGUAACGAGCUGAAAACAGUGAAAAUCGAAGAAGUUAAGGAUGAAAAAGAGCCGAUUGAAAAUGAAAACGUCAAGGGCAUUCCUGAAUUUUGGUUGACAAUAUUCAAAAAUAUUUCCAUGUUAGCAGAAAUGGUGCAAGAACACGAUGAACCUAUUUUAAAGCAUCUGUACGAUGUGAAAGUCAUUUUCCUCGAGUCCAACCCUAUGGGUUUCGUACUGGAGUUCCAUUUUGAGCCAAACGAAUACUUCACUAACGCAGUUCUAACUAAAGAGUACCUAAUGAAAUGCACGCCCGAUAAAAACGAUCCCUUUAGCUUUGAAGGUCCUGAAAUCUACAAGAGUAAGGGAUGUGAAAUCCACUGGAAGAAGGGUAAAAACGUUACCGUGAAGACAAUUGUGAAAAAUCAGAAGCACAAAUCUCGAGGAGCUACACGCACGUUAACAAAAAUUGUGCAAAACGAUUCUUUCUUCAACUUCUUCAGUCCUCCUGUUGUGCCAGAAGACUCGGAAGCUGAUUUGGACGAGGAAACACAAGCUCUCAUAACUAGUGAUUUCGAAAUUGGUCAUUACAUCAGGGAGCGUAUAGUCCCAAGAGCCGUUUUCUACUUCACCGGAGAAGGCUUGGAGGAGGAGGAGGAUUACGAAGAAGAGGAGGAUGACGAUGAGGAUGAUGUCGAUGAAGAAGACGAAGAGGAAGAGGAAUCAUCUCACACCAAUGCACUGCAGAAACCCCAAAUGAAACCAAGUGAUUGUAACCAACAGUAGAUGUUUCUGUGGUAUUAAUUAUAACAGAUAUCGUUCACACGCGUCCCUACAGGAAGCGAACACUGAAUCGUACAGACAGAAUUACACCCUAACAAAGAAGCCAGUGACCGAUAACUUCCUAGAUAUCUCGCACCUUUGGCUCCGCUAUAACCACUUGAUAAGAAUCGCUCACUAAUCAUAUCACAUCUCCUAUUCCAGAUCAAGCCUAGGCUCUUCAACAUCCCAACUGAGAAAAUUAUGUGUACACCCUUAAACCCGACACUGACGAUAAGUAGGAAACACGUGGAUCGUUACUGCUAGACUCUAAACGUCAUAAGUAUGAUAAUUAUGAUCUCUCCCCAGUAUGAUCAUUGUCCCUUUUAAUUAAUAUCGCUUCAUUUUAUACGAUUGUUACGUUUAUAUACAGACGAGCGAGUCGAUUAAAUCUUUUUUCCUUCCAAGCCACAUGUUGAGAAAGAAAAGAAAAAAAACCCAUACAAAAUUUGUGGGUACUGUUGAAGCAUUUUUAAUACAAAAAGUGUACGAAACUUGAACGAGAUUCCAUUUUAUUUCCUGAUUAACUCGUACAUCCCAGGUGUAAUAUUCCGUGGCGUUUCAAGUUUAAUCACGAGAUUUGUAAAUAAAACACCUUUUUUUACGCGAGAGGUAAUAAUAAGUAACAUAAGAUGAGAUAUACUCCUUAUAGUUAUAUCUUUUGAUACGGUUUAAUUUGAAUUAAAAUAGAAAACGAAAAGAAAUUAGAGCGAUGUUAAAUUUGUAAUUGCGUAAAAUUGUCAGAUCGGAUUUUCGUGAAGGUGAGUUCUUUCGACUCAAUUUUGACAUUUUGUGAUACAUCGCUUCUGGGGUAAGUCGGUUGUGUCAAUUUUUUACUGGGAACGUAAGAUUUAUACAUGUUUAUAGUAGAAUGCUGGAUUAUAAGUUUGUUGAUCAUAGGAUGGUGCUAUCUGCGAGGCGCGCGAUACAUUUAUGACGAAACGCUAAAUAAAAGAACAAGGAAACAGUU